ACUUAUUUCAUUCGUGCUAUCUUUUUCGUUUGCACCUUAAUAUUUAAAAACAAACCUCAACCAGUUCGAGACGCGUGUCCGUGUGUGUAUGUUUGUACGUUAUAUGCUUAGAUUUUCCAGAUGAUUCUGCGAGUUUGAGUUCCGUGAUUUCUAGAAUUGCAAUAGAAUUAUCUAACGACACUAAUGUUCUAACCCGUAUUUAAAAACCUGUCGAAGUGAACUUAACCUAAUAACGAAAUUAUUCAAGUGCAGUUAUAUACUAACUUUUGUCAAGGAUUAAUGAAGACUGAAUAAUGCCAUUGCCAAAGGCUUCCUUUAGCGGCUUUCCUUUCGACGAAGCUGACUUUGAUAGGAGUGACGCUUCAUUCAAAUCACAUUUAGAUGACCUAGCUAAGAGGCAUCCCGAAAUCGCCCAACAUUUUAACAAAGAGUUCCCAUUUCGGUCAAACACCUGGGGCCAUAAAAGACGUGGCUCUUCUUCUGGCAAAGACGAGCCAAAACCGUCUUUUCCCACGGAUGACUUUCCAGAUUUAAAACGCUUCACAGAUCGACCAUUUGGAUCACGAUUCGAACGUUUUGGUUUUCCUUUCAAUAGGACAUUCGACGGUGAACCCCAUUUUCGACAAGAGUUUCAACAGCCAAGUAACGAGCAACCAAGUGGUAGCUCACAAAGGCAACAACAAACAAGCAACAAUCAGACUCAUCAGCAACCCUCGACAUCUUCAAACGAAUCUCGCCCAACCGAAACUAGAGCUCAGGAAAGUUUUGACAAGCCUCCUCAAGUUCCUAAUCAAGAUAGGGGUCGCAAACAGCACCCUUACGUACAACAAAGUAAUACGACCGAUUUAGGCCAGAAACAAGAGGCUGUGAAUGAACCACGAGGUCAAAGAUCCAUGUCUGCUCCUCCAGAAAACAGAUCUAACCAUCCGCGGUACGUGUCGAGCAUCAACAUACCCAUUAAUGUUGAGAGAGGGGGCGAUGGAAUGGGAUCUCAGCAGUCACAGCAGCAUCAGCAACCUCAACAACAACAACAGCAAUCACAACCAAAUAAUCAAUCUCAAAAUCAGUCCACCCAUGAAAGGGUGAUACCGAUUAUGGUAGAAGGUCGUGAUGAACCUGUGAUACCUAGAAAUGUGCAUCAGACGUUCUCCUCCCCUCCAAAACCUGAACCAGAAAGGGUUUUCAGUGGUGCGAGACCAAGUCAGUUUGCAGGAUGGCCCAGGAACGACACUCAUUUCUUCAGAAAUGACCCUUAUUUUCAACAGCCACCCUCCUACCAGCAUCACCAACAACAACAACAACAUAAACCCCCUGAGGAACCUUUUAAACAACAACAUGUUCCUCCACAACACACUGCUGCUGCUUCCCCUCCACCUCAACAACAAAAUCGGCAGCCAACACCUCCCAAACAAGAACAAGCUCACUCACCAACUCCUCCUCCCUCAAAACCACAGGGUAAGCUUACACCUAUCGAACAGAUCGAAGCAAUCCAAAAAGAUGUAGCUAAUCUCAUGACCCAAAUUGAAAACUUCAAUGGAAAAACGAAAGACAAACAGUACUUGUAUUUGGAUGAGAUGCUGACAAGGAACCUAAUUAAACUUGAUGAUGUACAAACUGAUGGUCAAGAUGAACUGAGGCAAAUGCGAAAAGAAGCUAUUAGAAGCGUGCAGCGAUGUAUCAGUGUACUAGAGUCUAAAGUAUCCUCAGACAAAAAGGAACAAGAGAUGGAUGUUGAACAAAAUAAGAAUGAAACUAACCAAUCUUCUGAGGAACAAACCAUGGAGGUAGAAAAAACAGAACAACAAGUGAAGUCAAAUGAGGAAUGUAAUACUCCUGUAACCAACAAAGAUCACCAGAACCCUAGUAAUGAUGAGCAAAAUAAGACAAAUGAGGAGUUAACUGCCUUAGAAGUAUCAGGAAAGGCAAGAUCUGGAUCAGAAGUUAAAAUCAUCGAAGACAAGAAAGAGGGGUCCCCAAUGGACGUCAAUGUGGAAAGUGAUUCAAAGCCCAAAACUGAAGAAAACACUAACAAUAAACAAGAAACGAGUGAUAUAAAAACAGAAGAGAAAAAAGAAGAAAGCGCGCAAGAUAACAGUGUUGUUGAAGUAAAAGAAACAAAAGAUAAAAAGGAGGAGAAAAAAGAUAAGAAAAAAGUUAAGAAGAAAGAGAAAAGUGAAAAGAAGUAAGUAAAUACUAGUCAAGGAAAAGAAAUAGUUAUUUGCCUUUGAAGAAGCUUUUCGCUUUUUAGUGUAAUAUUAUUGUGAGUUUGUGUUUUUGUUUUUUAUUUGAUUGUAAUAUUUUAUUUAUAACUUAAGGAUUCCAGUAUGUGCGAUUGUGAAGUUGUCGUUUUGAUUUGACCGUCCAGUUAUGGUUAUUUUUUCAGCAUUUUAUACUGAUUAGUCAGUAUUGUGCUAAUUAUACAGUGCUUUCAAAUAAGUUAAUAUUAGCAGACUCGGAGUUUGCAUACACGAAUUCGUUGCAUUAUAUGUAAAUAUUUGCUUCUUUCAAAUAAGUGCAUAUUUAACUUUUUCAAACUACAGCUUUAAGAGAUGCAUAAUUCUUUUUAACAUAAAUUGUCAGAGGUAACAUUUGAAAGUAUUGUACAUAAGACUAUUGUCUUGUAAUAUAAAUAUGUAUUUGAUUUUAUUAUAAGAACAAAAUGUGUUUGUGUCUGAUUGUUAAUACCACUUUUAUAGUGGUAGUUACCUGUAGUGUACCUAUAAAUUUUGAAAUAAAAGAUUUUCUUUCUUGUUUCA